GAGACAGAACACAGUGCGAAACAAUAACUCUCAGGCCCUGCAAUUCAAAGCCUCUUACCCACCAUUUUUCUGGGCUCAAAAUUGAAAGUCAUUGCCAUUUGCCAAGUUUUUCUGAGGCUUGGGCUGAGCCUAACCAGUUUUGAAAAAGUCUUGCAAGGCAAGAACUUGCUAGAAAACUCCUGCCUGGUGACAAGGAGAAGCCGAACCCAAGUUUGUUUUAUUUUUGAUAUUCGAUCUAAAAAUCUAAUGGCUUCGCAAUUUCUGGCAGCAGCGGCGGAGAAAUUUGGACCUGCCAUCAGGCGUCAGGCCCUCACCUUAACCGACGCGGCGGCUUCUAGAAUACGCUAUCUAUUGCAGCAGCGCCAACGGCCUUACCUCAAGCUCGGUGUCAAGGCUCGCGGCUGCAAUGGCUUAUCCUAUACCCUCAAUUACGCUGAUGAGAAAGGGAAAUUUGAUGAAUUGGUUGAGGAAAAGGGUGUAAAGAUACUGAUUGAUCCAAAAGCUCUCAUGCAUGUUAUUGGCACUAAGAUGGAUUUUGUUGAUGACAAACUGAGGUCUGAGUUCAUAUUUAUUAAUCCAAACUCUAAAGGCCAAUGUGGUUGUGGUGAAUCUUUCAUGACAACAACUACUGCUGGAGCUGCUAAGCAAGGUAGCAGCAGAUAAAGACUUGUGAUGGGUCAAGAUAUUAUACUAACCCAUUGUUUCAUGUUCUCACUAUGCGCUGAUGGUAUAUAGCAAAACGCUCAUGUGAGACCACACCUGGUUUCAUCAGCAGAUGGUGCUAUUACGGGCUUUCAAAUUUAUAUCCUAUACUAAAUAUAAAGCUGAUUAUAUCGUCAUUCACGUUGCGUCACUGUGACAUAAAUCACCCAUUUAAAUUACUUUCCCGGAAUGUUUGUUAUCGGAAACAUCCAUGUACUGUUAAUAUGUAGAAAUAAUAAAAUGGAUUUUUUUUUGUAA